CACGCAGCAAGCCCCUCUGUGGUAGAUGUUGAUCCGUGAGGUGUCGACCUGCCAUCAAGAGUCGGAGAAUAUCGAUCGAGCAUCUUUUACAAUGAGGCGUUUCGAACGUAAACUAGGGCACCCAGUGCGCUCAAGUGUGCCAAACAACGGCGCGAGUAAUAUGUUGCCGCUGUCACGGCUGCUGCCAUGGAGCCCGGUUUGAGUCAUUGUACGGCUAUGCCUUCGUGCCGAUGGGUUCGUGCUCGUGAUACGACCGACGACACGUGUAGCGCUUUCCGUCAGUUGUGAUCGAAGAGACUAAAAAAUAAUAAAGAAAAUGGAUGGCAAAGAGCGACCACGCCGUGAAUCGUCGGUGACAAGCAAACUAGCGGGAAUGGCGUCGUCGUCCUGGCGGAAACGUCAGCUGGACAAGCUGGCCACUCUGGUGGAAUGUAGCCGGGUCUCGUCGAGGCAGGCCGGCCUGCUGACCGCCUGGGUCGCCGACAUGGUCCGGGAAUCGUGCGGAACGGUGGACACAGCGCCCGGAGCCGUCGCCGCAACGGACCUGACUGGCACUUCUCUCGGAAGAAGCUCGCGAAACGGCAGUGCUUACACUCUCUACGAAGACGAGGACGGCGUCCCCGUUUUUCCAGAGCCCGAAAGUGCGCCUUCCCAGCAUCCUUCGGCUUCUGAUUCUCAGCAGCCUCCUCGGCAUCGGGGCAGCCUGAGCGGCGCUCAGUCGGUGCCCUUCGGCAUCAGCGAGCUGGGCAACGAUGACUCCUCGCCCGACGAAAAGAAAGACGUCUACGCAAGGUUCUUCGCCAGAAAGACCCGGACCCUGGAGAAGGCAUCGCCGGGCAGCAGCAAGCAGAAGGCAGUGAAGAGCCUGCGCUCCAAGGGCAGGGACCUCUCGUUGGCUCACCGGAGCAAGAGCCUGACGCAGAUCGACUGCCUGGAGAGCGGCAUGAGCCGUCGCGACGACGAGCCGAGCGGAGGCAGCAGCCCGUCGGACGCCUCCGGUCAGCCGCAGUCGCUGCAGUCGCAGCCGUCCCAGUCCUCGCCCUCGCACCAGCCGCCCCCGUCGCCCGACCGCCUGUCGGUGCCCGAUGAAGCGCCUCCGCAGAGGAGCAGGCUGAGGCACUCAUCACGGGAGCAGCAGGGACAGCUGGUGCUCAACCUUUUUGACACCCUCUGUUGGAAAGGGUGUGACACCAACACGUUAACCACUCACGACGCUUUCAAGUUGUCUGAAAGCGAAGUUGUUGUGUAG